AGUACAUUACAUCAAUCAAUCAUCAAUGGAAGGAAUAAUGAUUGUUUUUGAUUUUGAUAAAACAAUUAUUGAUUGUGAUAGUGAUAAUUGGGUAAUUGAUGAAUUAGGUUUUACUCACCGAUUCGAUCAGCUUCUCAAUACCAUUCCUUGGAAUUCUAUGAUGGAUACAUUGAUGAAAGAAAUGCAUUCAGAAGGAGUAACGAUCAAUGAUAUUGUGGAUGUCCUCCAAAGAAUUCCUAUUCAUCCUCGUAUUGUUCCUGCCAUUAAAGCUGCCCAUGCUUCUGGGUGUGAAUUAAGGAUUGUGAGUGAUGCAAAUAUGUUCUUCAUUGAAACCAUAUUAGAUAACCUAGGGAUGAAGGAUUGGUUUUCAGAGAUUAACACUAAUCCAGGUUAUGUUAAUGAAGAAGGGAGGUUAAGAAUUUCACCUCUUCAUGAUUUCAUUAAUUCUCCUCAUGGUUGCACUAAUCCUUGCCCUCCAAACAUGUGCAAGGGCUUGGUUAUGAAAAGAAUAUUAAGUGAGCAAGGAAAGAAGAAAAUCAUAUAUUUAGGAGAUGGACAGGGAGAUUAUUGUCCAAGUUUGAUGCUAAGAGAAAGUGACUUUGUUAUGCCAAGGAAGAAUUUCCCAGUUUGGGACUUAAUCUCAAACAAUCUAAAUCUCAUUAAAGCCAGUAUCCAUGGAUGGAGUGAUGGGGUGGAGUUGGAGAAAGUUCUAUUGUCUCUUAUUCAAGCUGUCUCAAAUACUGCUCAAUAUCAUGACUGCAAGCUCAUUGACUCAUUCCCAAUUUCUUCUCAUGUUUAUCAACCUCUAAGAGUACCUUUUUAGAAAUAACCCGUCUGUAUGAGACCAUC